GUUGCAUACAGAUGAGUCAGCAGCCGGUCUGAGCUGACCCACAGACUCAUAAAAACCAACAGGGCCUCAGGUACCCUCACUUGGGACACCCAAACUCUUGGAUCAAAGGUGCAAGGACUUGAUCACAUCAAGAAUCCAACUGCUUUCUUGGGGACCAAGAAAAUGAGUUUUUGUCUCCACAUUUACUCUGGCAAUCCAGGAGCACUUUAUGGAGUUUUGCACGAUUCUGAGUGCAUUUGCAUUUCUCAACAUUUGCGCAGCUCCCUAAAUACUCGAAUGACAAGUGCUCUUUCCCAGUGAGCGCCAACUGUUUGCUCCGCUCUGGACAGAUCAGGGUUUUGACGGAAAGGAUGUUCAAACAUCUUCGGAAAUGGUUUGUCACUCGAUUUUGGGGGCGUUCUCGGCAAAGAGCGAGGCUAGUCUCCAAAGAUGGAAGGUGCAACAUAGAGUUCGGCAAUGUGGAGGCACAGUCAAGAUUUAUAUUCUUUGUGGACAUCUGGACGGCUGUGCUUGACCUCAAAUGGAGGUACAAAAUGACCAUCUUCAUCACAGCUUUCCUGGGGAGUUGGUUUUUCUUCGGUCUCCUGUGGUACGUGGUAGCCUACAUUCACAAAGACCUCCCCGAGUUCCAUCCUUCUGCCAAUCACACUCCCUGUGUGGAGAAUAUUAAUGGCUUGACCGCAGCUUUUCUGUUUUCUCUGGAAACUCAGGUGACCAUCGGAUAUGGAUUCAGGUGUGUGACAGAGCAGUGUGCCACUGCCAUUUUUCUACUUAUCUUCCAGUCUAUCCUUGGCGUUAUCAUCAACUCUUUCAUGUGUGGCGCCAUCUUAGCCAAGAUCUCCAGGCCCAAAAAACGUGCCAAGACCAUUACGUUCAGCAAGAAUGCGGUGAUCAGCAAGCGAGGUGGGAAGCUUUGUCUCCUGAUCCGAGUGGCUAAUCUAAGGAAGAGCCUUCUUAUUGGCAGUCACAUAUAUGGGAAGCUUCUGAAGACCACAGUCACUCCUGAAGGAGAGACCAUUAUUUUGGAUCAGAUCAAUAUCAACUUUGUGGUUGACGCUGGGAAUGAAAAUUUAUUCUUCAUCUCUCCACUGACAAUUUACCAUGUCAUUGAUCACCACAGCCCCUUCUUCCACAUGGCAGCAGAAAACCUUCUCCAGCAGGACUUUGAGUUAGUGGUGUUUUUAGACGGCACAGUGGAAUCAACCAGUGCUACCUGCCAAGUCCGGACAUCCUAUGUCCCAGAGGAGGUGCUUUGGGGCUACCGCUUUGCUCCCAUAGUAUCCAAGACCAAGGAAGGGAAAUACCGAGUGGAUUUCCACAACUUCAGCAAGACAGUGGAGGUGGAGACCCCACACUGUGCCAUGUGCCUUUAUAAUGAGAAAGAUGCCAGAGCCCGGAUGAAGCGAGGCUACGACAACCCCAGCUUCAUCUUGUCAGAAAUCAAUGAAACAGAUGACACCAAAAUGUAACAGCGGCUUUUCAUCCCAAGUAAAGCAAAGUCUCUGAGGCACCUCGUGACUAGAAGCAUUAUGAAACAACUGACGAUCUGGAGGUGUGAAAGUAGAGUGAGAACUUCCAAAGUCUGCCAGCGCCAAGACCCCUGAGCCCAUCGCCGUGAUCCUACAGGACACAUAGCUCUACAGGGCUGCUGUAUGGGGACAUGCAAUGCAUUUAUAGAAUGGAAGCCAAAGAAGCUCACUUGGAAUCUCAAAUAUGAUUAUUUGAGAUCACUCAAUGUUGGUAGGAACAGACAAAGUCAUCAAAAGUCUCAUGGACAAGCCAAACAAGAUGUUUUUAAAAGUCUCCUUAGAGAAAUUAUGAGCCUUAGAUAGGAUCAAGGAAUAAUGAUAGUAACAUUUUGAUUCUACUGAUAAGAAAGAUUCCACUGUUAUUUUAAUUCUGACUUUUAUCAAUGGAAAAUUUGUCUCCUGAGUUAGGGGAGAUGAACUAACCUAUCAAUGACAAUAAGAAAAGGCUGUUACACAAAGAACAGUUUGAGUCUCUAACCUCAUGUGGAACAGGUAGAGGCUGAAUCCACACUCUAGAUUCUUGAUGAACACCUUCCAGCCAGACAGAGUGCUCGAGCUGAAAGUGGUGGUGAUAUUUCUUUGCACCUGUAUUGAAUGGGUUAAAGGGCUACAAAUCUGUUAAAAGGGUAUUUCCUGCUUUUCCAAGAGGGCAAUGAGGAAGUUGAAGGUGCAGAAUCAGUCUAAAAAUAAACAUACUGCUAAUGCUUCCGAGAAGAAAAAAAUUCUUGUGUUUCCGUGCCUAGGGUUUGUACUGAAACGCUAUUUCUAAAGCAAAAAGGGGAAAGAGAAAGAAAUGGGAUGUGGCCCCACAGGUAGAACAUUGCUAAGUCUUUCUUUCACUGACAGCCAACACCUCAUCUUCCUAAAAGGGAAGGAUUUAGGGGAAGGUUUUACUGUGAAUGUCUUGUUCAGUUCCCCACCUGCAUUAUUUUGAACGUGUCUUGGAAAAAAUGGUACUUAAAGCUGCUUGGAAAUCAAAAUGUUUUCAGUGUGUUAAUUAAUAUAUUAAAUUUCUGAA